AUGGCGACAACGUCAGGUGUUACCCGUGGCGAAGACACCGUGAUCAACUCGCAAACCGUCUCGCCCUUCCGCGAAGCCUCGUCAGUCACCGUGGCGCUGCUGCCGCCGCACCCGCCGAAAUUACCGCACGCGGAGGCUUUAGACGAAGAGGAGCGGCGCCGCCCCGGCGCUGAAAGCAAGGAGCGCGCCGCGGAGUGUUCAGUGAGCAUCCCGGCGGCUCGAGGCCCCCUACACGCCGCGACCACCACCGCUACUGCCGGCGUGCGUCGCGACGAGGCCGACCCCGUCUACUGCUUUCCACAGCGCGACUCGGCAUGGGCCGCGGCCCUCGCGGCGUGCAUCGCGCUGCUGAUCGUCCACGAGCUCGUCUCGCCGCUCUUCGCGCUCCAAUGGCCGUUCCUCUUCUCCCUCGCCUUCUUCCUUCUUUGCUCCGUCUCCGCAUUCGUCCUCUCCCUGUUCCCUUCCUGCUUUGCGCUCCGCCGACUUUCCAGUAACUUCACUCCUCGCGCCGUGACUGUGUCUGCGUUCAUGUGCGAGUGGAUUGGCACUGCCAGUGCCAUCAGCUGUGCCGGCACCGCAACGCUCCUCCUUGCUGUGUUCGCCAGCAUGUCAGCAUACAGUUCUCUAGGUGCAGGCAUGGCUGCUGCACUGGCCUCGGGUCUGGUUGCCUGGAUUGCGGCUCUUGCCUUGUGCUUCCUCUACUGUCUGCUUCUCCCCAUCAGUGCCACCGCCAGACUCAGCUUCCUUCCCUCUUCACACAUCGCCCUCCGAGCUCUCUCACGAGCCUUCCCAACCUUUUUGCUCUUCCUGGCUGUGUCACUCGUGCUGCUGCUUCCAGUAGCGGUAGUAUCAAUCCUGGUGGUCGGCUGUGGUGGGGUAAAUAACUACGGGCGAAUUAACUCGCCCGGCGAUGACAUCCGUGUAGCCUUGGCGAAGAACGCGAGCAAGGCGGGAAGUCCUACCGCGGCCUCCGGAAUCGUGGUCCAAGCACAGGACAACGGGUGGAUGGACGAGAGCGCUGUGCAGACCUGGCUGUCCAAGGAGGUGCUGCCCCAUCUGAACCCCCAGCGCGGCCAAAACGCGAGGCGUGCGAUGCUGGUGUUGGACUCCUACCGCGGUCAAAUCACCCAGACCAUGCUUCAGUCGUACCGCACGCACAGCAUCACCCCUGCAGUCAUCCCAGCGGGUUGUACGAGCCAGAUUCAACCCCUGGACGUCUCAAUCAACCGGUGCUUCAAGGCUGCUGUGCGAGCGCGCUACGCCAGGUGGUUCAUGCGGAACCUGCAGAGGCCGCCCCACCCCGUGGUGCUGCAGUGGAUCGCGGAGGCUUGGGAUCAAGUCCCCAAGCAGAUCAUCAUCGACGCGUUCCGCCACUGUGGGAUCUCAAGCAAGCUGGACGGAACGGAGAACCACCUGGUGAUGUCUCACAUGCGCGCCAGGAGCACCACUGAUGUCUCCGCGGACAUGUCCGUCGGGGGGACCACAGGCGACAACACGCGCCUGCUCGGUCGGGCUCCAGAGGAGGAGGAGGAGGAGGAGGCGAUGCAGGCGGAGGGCGUGCGGGAGGUGGCAGUGGCAACCGGCCUGGAGGUGCUGUACCAGGAGACCCCCAACUACCGCGGGGCGGCAGCCGAGGUUGACCGCAUGAUCGAGCCUAGGGAGACGGCUAGGCAUGCCUGA